GAGCCAUCUCCCCGGCCCCAAUCAGUGUUUUUGAACACAAAUUCUUCCAUGCUUUGCCAGUGUUUCUAGAGAUCACAUUAUUCCUGGAAAGAAAUGCGGGGUUAAGUCUACUUUUUUCUUUUUUAAGACAUAGUAGCAUACGUUCCUCAGGCUGGAGUUGAGCUCGCAAUGAUCUGCCUCAGCCUCCUUAGUAUUGGCGUUACAGGUGUGCCCUAUUACGCCCCGCCCUACUACACCAUCAAGGCCUGCCAGACGCGAACUUCUUUCUCGCGAUACUUUCCAAGGCGUGGUUUUCGCGAUGCCUGCUGGGAAUCGUGGUCCGAGGCCUCUUGGGAAGCGGGCGCGGCGAGCCACUGCGGGCUGGACUUUAGGACCCGGCGGGGAGCGGCAGGCCGGGAAGUCGCGCGCGCGCUCGGAAGCCGGACCGGCGGCGGCGGAGGCGGGCGGCAGAGGAGGAGCCGGGGCUCGGUUGUCUAACCAUGGCCCAGAUAGAAAAACGGGGAGGUUUGCUCCGGAAAUCUUCAGCCUCCAAAAAACCACUGAAGGAAAAAGUGGUGCUGAUGUAUGAUGAAAUCUUCAUGACAGAAGACCCCAGUAAAUGCAGUCCUCGGUUCUGGGAAGAGCUCUUCCUCAUGAAGGUGAAUUUAGAGUACUUGGAAGGCAAGCUGGAGUCUCUUGAUGGUGAGGAGUUAAUGAAGAUCAAGGACAAUGUUAAUUGCUUAUUUCAACACUGCAUUCAGGCUCUGGGAGAGGAACAUCCAAUUCGAGUUGUGAAUGCGCUGCAGACCUUGUGUGCCCUUAUCCGUGGAGUGCAUCAGAAGAAGAAGCCUACGUCUGGGUUUGACACCAUCAACAUGCUGAUGGGCUUCGACAGGGCAGAGCUGUGCAUGGAGAACUUGAUGGAGAGUUUGGAUUCAUUGCUUUGUGCAGAAGGUUCUGAAAGUCUGAAGAGCUUAUGUCUGAAACUUCUUCUUUGCUUAGUGACAGUGACAGACAAUAUCAGCCAGAACACUAUCCUGGAGUAUGUAAUGAUCAACAGCAUAUUUGAAGCAAUUUUACAGAUACUCUCCCACCCACCAAGUCGUAGGGAGCACGGGUAUGAUGCUGUUGUCCUUUUGGCUUUGCUGGUAAACUACAGAAAAUAUGAGCUGAGAUUGGGUCUAGAAAAACUCAAGAAAUCUUCCAUUGUUAAAAGUGAUGGGAUGAUUGUUAAAUCCCAGUGUCCUGACCAGAUUGUUGCUUGGUCUGUGAACCCUUACAUUGUGAAGCUGUCCAUCGUGGAUGAUGAGGCUACUCUCAAUGGAAUGGGGCUUGUGAUUGCUCAGGCUUUAUCUGAAUACAACAGACAGUAUAAAGACAAGGAAGAAGAACAUCAGAGUGGUUUUUUCUCUGCUAUAACAAAUAUGGUGGGCAGCAUGUUCAUAGCAGAUGCCCAUGAGAAAAUCUCAGUACAAACCAACGAGGCCAUUCUUCUGGCACUUUAUGAAGCUGUCCAUUUGAAUCGCAACUUCAUCACGGUGCUAGCUCAGAGUCAUCCAGAAAUGGGCUUGGUGACAACCCCAGUCAGUCCCACUCCUACAACUCCAGUCACACCGCUUGGGACCACACCGCCGUCCUCAGAUGUUAUAAGUUCUGUGGAACUCCCACUGGAUGCAGAUGUACAGACCAGUAACCUACUGAUUACUUUCUUAAAGUAUAGCUCAAUUGUCAUGCAAGAUACCAAAGACGAACACAGGCUUCACAGCGGCAAGCUCUGUCUGGUCAUCCUCACGUGUAUUGCAGAGGAUCAGUAUGCCAAUGCAUUUUUGCAUGAUGACAACAUGAAUUUUCGAGUAAACUUGCAUAGAAUGCCUAUGAGACACAGGAAGAAGGCAGCAGACAAGAACCUUCCCUGCCGGCCUUUAGUCUGUGCAGUGUUGGACCUGAUGGUAGAGUUUAUUGUAACACAUAUGAUGAAGGAGUUUCCAAUGGAUCUCUACAUACGCUGCAUUCAGGUGGUGCAUAAGCUGCUUUGCUAUCAGAAGAAAUGUCGUGUUCGGCUACAUUACACGUGGCGGGAACUCUGGUCAGCCCUGAUAAAUUUGCUGAAGUUUCUUAUGUCAAAUGAGACAGUUCUGCUGGCUAAACACAACAUUUUUACUUUAGCCCUUAUGAUUGUGAACCUUUUUAACAUGUUUAUCACAUACGGCGACACAUUCCUGCCGACCCCUAGCAGCUAUGAUGAACUUUACUAUGAGAUUAUCCGCAUGCACCAGAGCUUUGACAACCUGUACUCUAUGGUCCUGAGGCUUUCUACCAAUGCAGGCCAGUGGAAGGAAGCAGCUAGCAAAGUGACCCAUGCAUUGGUUAAUAUCAGAGCCAUCAUCAACCACUUUAAUCCCAAAAUUGAAUCCUACGCUGCUGUGAAUCACAUAUCCCAACUGUCAGAGGAGCAGGUGCUGGAGGUGGUGCGAGCCAACUACGACACCCUCACACUGAAGCUGCAGGAUGGCCUGGACCAGUAUGAGCGCUACUCUGAGCAGCACAAGGAAGCUGCCUUCUUCAAGGAGCUGGUUCGAUCCAUCAGCACCAAUGUCCGGAGAAACCUGGCGUUCCACACACUCAGCCAGGAGGUCCUGCUGAAGGAGUUCUCCACUAUCUCCUGAGUCCACGCCCUUCGACAGCCACUGACUGCCCUUACUCACAAGGCUCUUGGGCUAGAGGGGGAGAAGGGGCUGCCUCCAAGGUUGGAGAGAAACUCAGACACUGAGGCCUCUUGAUGAAGACCACACCUCAGUGGAGCCUGGACAGCAGCAGCAGCCAGGGGCUCUUACUUAGGAAUGGGUGGGCAAGGGGAGCCACAUCCAAGAGUGUGGGGGCUUCCAGGACACCCUCGCGCAUUUGCAGGUGUUGGUGGGCUAAGCUGUGGGUGAUAGUAGCACCCUGAAGCCCACUGGCUUUCAUGGAUCCUGCCUGCUUUGGGCCCAGAGCCGAGCUGGGCUUGAGAAGGAUUACUUUUUUUGGCUGGCUCAGGCUACCUUAAGAGCAAGUCUGGUGCAGCAUGUAUGUGGUACUGGGGAUUGAACGGAAGUCCCUUGCCCCACACUGAGUUUGCUCAAGAACGCGCUUUAGACAACUGAGGUAAGCCGCCAGCUCCCCUGAGCUGGGUUUGAAAUAUGUGUCCCCCUGCCCCUACUGGCAAUCUGUCAUAGGACCCUUAGCUCAGGCCCAGGGUAGGUAUUGUUUUCUAAAUUCUUCUAAAUUCAGAGUUGCUGUCUCUGAAGAUUGCAUCUCCCCGGAGCACUUCUGUCCAGCCACCACUCUGCAGAUCUUAAGUUUUGGCAUGGGGUACCUAUUAGCUUUCUCCUGCCUUCCAACCACUGACUCUUCAGCACAAUAGGCUCACAACCGUAACGUUUUAUUUUUAGUCUGGUUUAAACUGCCCAUGGGUGUGUGUGAAAUAAACGCUUGAUGGGUUUUCUGGACCCCUCAAGGUGCCUGCCUUGCUAGUUCCCUUUCCAGCAGCUCCCCUGCAGUGGCCAGCCCUCCCCAGCCAGCUGCCCUCCAUGAGCUCCACCCCCUCACCCUGCUGUUGUUUACAUCCAGCCAGCCUGAGCAUUUCCUCUGGGGAGGAAUCUGUUCCUGCUCUGGUCUGGUGCCUGGGAGGGAAAGAACCUGGGUGAGUGGGCGGGGUGCCCUCCAUCUAAAGAGGCUGUGCCUUUGGCUUCUUUGGGUGGCCUCUACGGGACCAGGGCAGGCUUUCCCUGCUACCCCACAGCUGCCUCCCAAUAGCUGCUGUUCCAAGACCAUCCUUUUCUCAAGUCCUUUUAAAGCCCUCAGGAUGGUAGGAAGAAAGCAGUGAAGGAAGAAUCAGAGUGUGCAGGAAUCCCACUGUGAGAACAGGUGUGAGACCGUCCUAGCGCUACCCAAUAGGCCUCAAAUCACUAGUUUCAGAGCAUCUGCCAACAGACUGCUACACAGAAUGGAGGUUCAUAAGGGGUCAUGGGCUGGGUUAUCUCUGAUCACUGGCCAUUACUUGGGGGCUCACCCUGGGGCAUGUGGGGUCUUCCUGGUGAUAAAGUCCAUGGCAGCUAGAUCUGGAACUGCGGACAGGCCGAAGUUAUUAAAAGUUUAUUUGUGGGACAGUC